UUUCAGAGGAGUUGUAGUUUCAACACACAUGCGGCUGUUCAAGUUCAUUUCGACGGAAGACGGUGGACGAUUUCAAUCAAUUCAAAACUUCUAAUUUUUCGCUUCACUGUGCGGGAUGCGAGCUCUGUGUGCAGUGCUGUGCCUGGGCCUGGUGGUGGCGCUGCAGCAGAAGCCGCUCCACAGAUCCGUCCAUGGGCAGCAGUGGGUGUCGGAGAACUGCCGGCGGCUCUCCACGCUGCUGCGGCAGAAGCAGUCGGCGGUGCGGAGGCUGGACACGGCGGCGGCGGCUCUACAACGAAACCAGGAGCUGGCGGCGGCCGAGAAGCUGUUCCGCAUCCACACGCUGGAGGUGUUUGAGCGCGAGCUGAACGAGAGCGAGAGAUCCCUGUUCCAGGCCCUGGAGGGACUGCAGCGCGUGCUGAAGGGGAACCUCAGAGACGUGGUGAACAUGAAGGAGAGCAGCAGACAGCGGCUGGAGGCACUCAGAGAAGCGGCCAUCAAGGAGGAGCAGGAGUACAUCGAGCUGGUGGCGGCAGAGAAACACCAGCAGGAGGUGCUGAAAGUGGCACAAGAUCGAAACAAAACCCUGUCAGUGCUGGACGAGAUCCUGGAGGAUGUGAGGAAGGCUGCAGACCGCCUGGAGGAGGACAUCGAGGAGCACGCCUUCGACAACAACAAACAGAUGAAGGGUGUGAAUGUGGAGGCAGUGCUGCGAGUGGAGGAGGAUGAGGAGGACGGGAAGAGGAAGAACGACUCCAGGCCGGAGGUCCAGGGCAACCUAGGGCUCAGCAUGCUGAUCGACUCGCAGAAUAACCAGUAUGUGCUGACCAAACCACGGGACGCCACCAUCCCCCGCGCCGACCACCACUUCAUCAAGGAUGUGGUGUGUGUGGUGAUGCUGUCUCUGCCGUGUGGUUGGCUCUGUACACUGAUGGGUCUCCCGCCCAUGUUCGGCUACAUCAUCUGUGGUGUUCUGCUCGGCCCUUCAGGACUCAACAGCAUCAAAUCGAUGGUGCAGGUGGAGACGCUGGGAGAGCUGGGUGUGUUCUUCACACUCUUCGUGGUGGGUCUGGAGUUCUCUCCCGAACGCCUCCACAAGGUGUGGAGGAUCUCUCUGCAGGGCUCUGUGUAUCUCAGUCUGCUGAUGGUGUGUGUGGGGCUGAUCUGGGGUCAGCUGCUGGGUCUGCAGCCCACACAGACACUCUUCAUCUGCAGCUGUCUGUCCCUGUCCAGCACUCCACUGGUGUCCCGCUUCCUGAGCGGAGCGUCCCGAGAGGCUAAAGAAGGUGAGCUGGACUACAGCAGUGUGUUGCUGGGGAUGCUGGUGAUGCAGGAUGUUCAGCUCGGCCUCUUCAUUGCUGUGAUGCCCACAUUAAUCCAUGGAGGUGAUGGAGAAGUGGACAGUGUUGUGCUGGCGGCGCUGCAGGUGCUGGUUCUGCUGGCUCGGGUUCUGGUGUCUCUUGCCGCUGUGGUUCUCCUCUGCUGGAUCCUGCGCUCGCAUCUGAUUGGUCCGUUCUACAGGAAGCUGCACGCCGAAAGCAAAGGAAACAAGGAGAUUGUGGUGCUGGGGACCAGUGCGUUUGUGUUCAUGAUGCUGACGCUGACGGAGUUCAUGGACGUGUCGAUGGAGCUGGGUUGUUUUCUGGCCGGAGCGCUGCUGUCCUCUCAGGGUCACAUGGUCACGGCAGAGGUCAUGACCUGCGCUGAACCCAUCCGAGACUUCCUGGCCAUCAUCUUCUUCGCUUCCAUUGGGCUUCACGUGUUCCCGACCUUCGUCCUGUAUGAGCUGACCAUCCUGCUGGUGCUGACCUUCUCUCUGGUCAUCAUGAAGUUCAUGAUAGCGGUGGCAGUUCUGUCAGCUCUUCUUCCUCCGGGGUCGAGGCACAUCCGCUGGCUGGUGUCGGCCGGUCUGGCGCAGGUCAGCGAGUUCUCCUUCGUGUUGGGCAGUCGAGCUCGGCGGGCCGGCAUCAUCUCCAGAGAGGUGUAUCUGCUGGUGUUGAGCGUCACCACACUGAGUCUCCUGCUGGCUCCAGUGUUAUGGAGAGCUGCUACGAUGCGAUGCGUGCCCCGCGGAGAGAGGAAACGCACACCUGAACACGAGAAACCUGCGCUCAGUCUGUCCUGAUGCACACACAAAUACAGCUACAGUCUCACAUUAAUGCAUCAUAUUGAUGAGAAACAGUGAGAUGAGACAGAUAAACACACACAACAUUCAUUACACUAAAGGGCACGACUGGCGAAUGCAAGGCUUCAGUGUUGAUCAGAUCACUGCACUGUAAGAGACCCAUACAUUUGCAGCUUUCUCUAUUUCCUGAUUUUUAUUUAUUUGUUUUUCCCUGUUUAUUUCUGCUUUUUAAUUGCAUUAUGGGACUUUAAUCUUUCUUUCAACAGCUUUUCAGCACAUGUAAUAGUCUGCAGUGCUGUGUAGUGUGUGUGUUGGUGUUGUAUAUUACACUGCAAACGUCUUGUAAUAAACUGCAGCACAUGUUCUGUUAUUCUACACACCUAUAUUUUUCUAUUUCUUAUACAUUAUAUUAUUUCAAACGACUAAAAUGUCAGUAAAAGUCACUUUAUUAAAGUGUAGAGUUGAAUUUUCAACAUCAGAAGUGGACAGAGCAGAGAUCAACAUCCCAUAAUGCAAUUCACCACCGCAAAUAAACACAAAACACACACACUGCUCAUUAACAGAUAUUAUUCUAGUGUGUGUCUGUUAUAAUGUAAUAUAUAAAUAUGACCAAAUGUUAUUUAUUUGUGUAUUAUGUGCCUUUAACAUGAGUGAAUGUGAUGUAAAUCGGAGUGUCGGAGGUGAGAAAAGAGUUUGCACUGCAGAUGUUCAGUCUGUUUCCUUCAUUUGAUCAUGUAUUGUUUUCUAAAUAUAUGAGUUGGCAGUUCUUAACACGACUCUUAUAAAUUAUGCAAUAGUCUGAAUCA